AGAGUCGUUGUGAAGUGCGGUCGCGGAGACUCAGACAGAGACUCUACACAGUCAGAUAUUGUAUAUUAUGAUGUGUAGUGUAAAAUGUAUGUAAUAAUGAGGUAGUUUUUAGUAAAAAUGGCCGAUACUAAAUAUCAACUGUGAUGUAUUUCAAAUCAUGACGGAUCUAUUUAUAAAGAAUAUCCACAAAAAAAAAAUACAAGUGUUGUGUACGAAAAAUUGUGAAUUUUGUUGACCAAAUUUAAUAAUUUAGUGCGUUUAAAACAAUAAAAUUUAGUGCUGAUUUGAAAUUAAAGGGUGCCACAAUUAUUUAAGACAUUUGACAGCCAGCCACAUUGCAGUUACAAAAAAAAAAAAAAUAUUUCGUUGUAAAUUAUGGAGGAGUUAUUAUCAUAUGAAUAUUAUUAUUGUCUUAUUAAUAUCAACAAUACUUCACCAUUUUAUUUACAAUGUGAUUCAUCACAGUAUACUGAUCAAUUUGCUGAUGCCAAACAGAAGCAUCAAUUCACUAAAAACGACCGCACCUCUUCUUAAAUCUUUCCAAAAAUAUUUAUUUCUCACAAACACACAAAAAAAUGGACCUUAAAAAAGUUUUUUAUGUGUAAAGUGCAGCCCUGUGUAUGUGAAGUGCCCUAGUGCAGUGCUUUUGUGUAAUUAGUGGCGGUGUAUUUUUUAUUUAUUUAUAAAAAAAAAGUUAAUUUAAAAAAAGCUUAAAAAUGUCGUUUCUAACAAAUUUAAAGAAAGUGUUACAUUUGGGCAGUGGAAAUGAUACGAAAAAGAAAAAAGUUUAUAAUAAUAUUAAAAUGGAUGUUGAUCCAGAAGAAUUUUGGCAAAUGAUUGGUGAAUUGGGUGAUGGUGCAUUUGGUAAAGUGUAUAAAGCACAAAGUAAGGAGACGGGUUUGUUGGCAGCAGCGAAAAUGUGUUUGCUGGAGGGUGAAGAUGAUUUAUCCGAUUUUAUGGUGGAAAUUGAUAUAUUGACUGAAUGUAAACAUCCCAAUGUUGUUGAAUUACAUGAAGCUUAUUUUUUAGAAGAUAAAUUAUGGAUGUUAAUCGAAUACUGUGAUGGUGGUGCCUUGGAUAGUAUAAUGGUUGAAUUAGAAAAAGGUUUAACAGAAGCUCAAAUAUCUUAUGUAUGUCAGCAAAUGUGUAAAGGUUUAACAUUUUUACAUCGAUCGCAUGUCAUACACAGAGAUCUUAAAGCUGGCAAUGUAUUGUUAACAAUGGCUGGAGGUGUUAAGCUUGCUGAUUUUGGUGUAUCAGCAAAAAAUAAAUCAACACUACAAAAACACGAUACAUUUAUUGGUACACCUUAUUGGAUGGCACCAGAAGUUGUACUAUGUGAAACAUUUCGUGACAAUCCAUACGAUUUUAAGGUUGACAUAUGGUCAUUAGGUAUAACAUUAAUUGAAUUUGCUCAAAUGGAACCACCAAAUCAUGAAAUGUCACCGAUGCGUGUACUAUUAAAAAUACAAAAAUCCGAUCCACCCAAAUUGGAUCAUCCGCAAAGAUGGUCCAAGGAUUUUAAUUCAUUUAUUGCAAAAUGUUUAACAAAAGAUCCACAACAACGACCCACAGCGGAUGAUCUUUUAAAACAUCAAUUUAUAAAUUGUACGUUAGAUUCAAAACCGAUACGUGAUUUAUUAUUGGAAUAUAAAGCUGAAGUUGUUGAAGAAGAAUUAUUGGAUGAAGAUAUGGAGGAACACCGCACAUCUCAACUUCCGUUGGAAAUGGAAGAUGAUUCAACAUCAAUGAAAAGUGGCGACCUUGACGAGAAACUUCCAUCCAUUGCAGAAAAAGCAGUCGAAGGUGGCGGAGCGGGUAAAAGAGAAGGUGAUGCCACUUCAGAGAUUGAUCGUAAAAAAUUACGUAAAGAAUCUUCCACUGAUACUGCCGAUUCAAAAAGUCCUGCUAUAUCAACGCCACCUAGUUCGUCUGAAAAGAAAAAUGUUGCCAAAAAACCAACAGAAGGAGGAGAACAACGUAAAGUUCGUGAAAAAGGUCGCGCUCCAUCACCUCCAGUGGCAGCUGCAGCCGCCGCAUCGUCGUCAUCAACAGUCGCACCACAACCGAGUUCAGGUUCUGAAAAAGGACCUGCACCACCACCGCCAAUUCUUGCCAUGCCUACGCCACCUGCAUCUCCGCUUACACCACCACAAACUCCACCAGCUCCAGUCCAUCCAAUUGAUAAUCAUGUACCACAACCAAUUCAACAAGAACAACCACCAGUUGUUGCAUCACCAGCAUCCUCUGAAUCAGACAAAAAGACUGAUUCAACGACUACAAAUAAAAAUGUGUGUGAAGUGAUAGUUUUAGAUCAUAAACUUGACAAUAAAAAAGAUGAUAACAACGAAGAAAUCACCGUGGCAAUUGAGAAUAAAGUGAUUAAAGUAAGUGAUGAAACAUCAUCUACAGAGGGUUCACCGAUUAAUGGUAAAAAAUCACCAGUGAUAUCAAUAAUAUCAACAAGUACGCCUCAACAUCAAUCAAAUAACAAAGCGAAUACUUCAACAGUGACUAUCACAUCAGAACUACCAGACUUAUCGAAUAGUUUAGCCAGUAACAUAAGCCAAGUAACUGUCGUUACGACUCAUCCUCCAAUUUUAGUCGAUAACACAAUCAAUCAAAUUACAAAAUCAUCUUCGUCUCCUACAAAUGAAGUUGUCGUCUUAUCAAACGAAACAAAUAAAACACAGGUCAAUGAAUCAUCAACCGACGAAGAUUGUUAUCCAUCAUUAGAUUCAUUGGAAUUCCAAAAUCCGCAACCGAUUCAUAUAAUAGCUUCCGAUAAAUCGUCACUUCAAGGGCAAAAACUCGAUGAAAGUGAAGUGGUUAUAGUGAAUUCAAAUUAUAUAAGUGUUGAUCAUGGACAUCAUCUUCAUGACAAUAGUACCGAAGUAGACAAUGCACAAUUAUUGGAUACAAGUCAUGUAUCAGUGAUAACAGUUGGUGAAGAAAAUGUUAAAGUUAAGGAUUCAGCAACAAUUAUAUAUUCUAGUGAUAAUCGUUUACGAGGUUCAAGUAGUAGCGAUUUAUCGAUAGGACGUAGUGAUUCUAGUGAUGAGGUACGUGGUCAAUCAAUUGUAAUCGAUACAAAGAAUAAAAUGAAUGGUCAAACUGUACGAUCUUCUCGUGGUGACGAUGAUAUCCAAAUUGUUGUAAAUAAGUCAACCAACGUGAAGAAGAGUAUAUCACCAGAUAGUUUUGCAUCUGAAUCAAGAUCGCAUAGUGAAAGUGGUGGUUCGGUACGUAGUAGUGGAAGUCCACCUUCUGCAGCGAGUAAAAAUUUCGAUCGAUCUGAUGCAGAAAGUAUUUCAACCACAAUUAGUCAAGAUAGCCAUGGAAGUAAUAAAGAAAAUCGUGUAAAUCGUAAUUACAAUCAAACAAAUAACAACGAAGUCGAUGAAGGUGUUGUACUACGACGUAAACCUGAAUAUGUUCAACGUAGUGAUUUCUUACGUAGCGGUCGUACCAAAGAAGAAAUCGAAAUACGCAACUUAAAGAAGAAAACUCGAAAACGUACACGUAAAUUUGAAAUUGAUGGUGUUAUUGUUACAACGACAACAAGUAAAGUUAUUUAUGGUGACGAGGAAAAUGGACGUGUUUAUGACGAUCAUAUAUUUAGGAAACAAGAGUUACGUGAACUCAAAAUGUUACAAAAACAAGAACAAAAACAAUUUCAAGAUUUAUCGUUGAAAGAAAAUGUCGCGAAAGAAUCACAAGAUAGACGAUUCGAACAAGAACGUAUUACUUUAGAACGUACAUAUGAAACCGAUUUAGAAGCUUUGAGUCGUCAACAGCGCCAACAAAUCGAACGGGCUGAACAACAACAAGAAACAGAUUUACGUGCUGCUUCGAAAAAAAUACGUGCGGAACAAGAACGUGAAUUAAAACAAUUUCGGGAGGGUUUAAAACAAGAGAUGCGUUUACUAAAACAAGAAGUCGAUAUGUUACCUAAAGAUAAACGUAAAAAUAUAUUUAAAGUUCGAAAAGAAGUUCUAGAGCAAGAACACGAAGAACGGGAAAAACAAUUUUUAGAAAAUUUAAAUGAAAGUCAUGAAAGUUCGUUACGACGAUUAAAUGAUUCACAUCGUGAGAAAAUUGCGUUAAUGGAACGACAAUUUUUACAACAGAAACAACAAUUAAUGCGUGCUCGUGAAGCCGCUAUGUGGGAACUCGAAGAGAAACAAAUCCAUGAGAAACAUCAAUUAUCGAAACGACAAUUAAAAGAUAUAUUCUUUUUACAACGUCAUCAGAUGUUAGUACGACACGAUAAAGAAUUAGAACAGAUCAAACGUAUGAAUCAACGUAAAGAGGAUGAGUUAAUUAAACGACAAACUGGUGAGAAACGAUCAUUACCGAAACGUAUACGUUCUGAAAUGAAAGCACGCGAAAUGAUGUUUAGAGAAUCGAUACGUAUUAGUAUGUCAUCUGCACCGGAUCCUGAUGCGGAACGUGUUAAAUUAAAAAUUUUCCAAGAAAAUGAAAAGAAACGCUAUCAAGCAGAACAACAACGAUUUGAAUUAAAACAUCAAAAACAAUUAGAAGAAUUACGCGCAACUAGUGAUGCAACAAUCAAAGAAUUAGAACAAUUACAAAAUGAAAAAAGAAAAAUGUUAAUGGAACAUGAAACAUUAAAAUUGAAAGAACGUGAAGAAGCUCAUAGUCGAGAAUUACGUGAGUGGAAAGCUCAAUUGAAACCCAGAAAACAGAAAGUGGAAGAGGCUUUCGAAAAGGAAAUGAGUGAAUUACUCAUUAAAUAUCCACAAUUGAUAAAAUAUAAUACAGCAUCAGUUACAGUAAAUGGCAGAAAUUCACCUACACUUAAAGUAAUCUCUCUAGAUGGCAAAAAUACUGUUGAUUCAUAUCGACAAUAUCACAAUCGAAGUGUAUCCUCUAGAUCCUUACCCCCACCAAGAUCCUUCCAAUCCUCAUCAUCACAACAACAACAACAAACAACAUCUGUUGUCGCAAGUGGAGUGAGUUCGUUGGGUCGUAAUAAACGUGAUUCAAAUAAUGUUGUGUACCGUAAUGGUUUGUAUUCUGUCAGAUCAUCUUCAUCAUUACCAUCGCCUCCACCACCACCACUCGAUCCUGGUGAUCCUGGUGUUGUUGAUAAAUCCACUUCACAGUCUAGUACCACUGUACCAACAACACCGUCAUCUGUUAGUAUAUCGUUAGUAAAUCAUACGUCCGAUAGUGAUCAAUUUGGGCAAGAUUCAGCUGCAUAAUUAUUUGUGGGUGUGUCACUGUGGGUGUACUUACGUAUUAUUGAUCUAGAAAAUUCGAAAAAAUCCUAGAAGUACAUUUUUGACUCGUGGUUAUUAAACUCUUAUCAUGGAAUGUUUUUGAUGGAUAUUCUAUGUUUCUGGAUAUUGAAACCACGCUCUCCUAGCAAGUUGUAUAUGAGUUUUAUUUUAUCUAUUCAAAUUACCCUGAAAAUACGUGAUAGAAAAUUAUCUAAGCAAGACUUGUUGCCACAAAAUUUCUAUUUUUGGGUUCGUGAAUGUUUUCUUAUCAGAAAAUGACAUCGAGAUAUCGAGUAUAUGGGCGAGCGGAAGGAAAUGGCAUUAUUUUUUGUUUUAUCGAAGAUUUGGACAUAACGAGGUUCGAGUUAUCGAGAUUCUACUGUAUUUAUCAAUAAAAUCACAAUAUGCUAGACGGGCGCCGAGACUAAGAUAUAUUGAAUCAAGUCAAUAACAAAUUUUGACAAAAUCGAUGGGUUUUUUUAUCUGGGUGGGUCUUUAAAUUGCCAAAUACAACAAACCUAUAAUUUUUUUUUAGGAUUUUCUUGGAUUUUUUAAGAUCGAUAUAGCACCAAUUAAUUUUUAAUUAUUAAUAUUGGAAUUAAUUUUUCCAUAUAA